AUGAGUGCUGCAUCAUUGAUCAGUAAAUAUGUUGGUCAUGACAAGCAAUUGGAAAUUAUUGAGAAUCUUUCAACAAAACUAACCGAUAACAAAGAUGACGUUGAUGUCUUGGUUGAACUUUUACGUGAUGUUGAGGUUAACGACAGAAUCUUUGAAGCUAUAUCAUCUUACUGCCACCACAACUUACUAGACGGAGGAUACAUUGAUCCAAUAUCAGAAUUAAUCAAUGUAUUACCUAGAUUGGAAAAUCAAAUUCUUGAUCAAGUGACAAACUUGACUCAAACUUAUAUUCAAAGACAUAAAUCUGAUUUUGGUUUGGCAUACUAUCAAUUAUUUAAAUUAGGGGAUGAUGGAGUUGAGGACCAUGAUAUAUCAGAAGCUGAUCUAAAUGUCUUAUUUUCCUUAAUGAGCAAGAUAUUUCAAAAGCAAACCCAAACUUCAGUUCUCCAAUUGGAUCAUUUGCUUUUGCUCUUGUUAGGAAUCGAUGAAAAGAUAGUAUCAAAUGAGGCAUCAAAGUUGUUGAGGUGGAGAACAAAAGUAAUACUGAAUGCUACAAGCCAGUUUGAUUUGAUUUGGAAAGUCAUACUUGCCUUGGAGUCUUCAGAGUCCUCAUUUCAGAAAUCGUCAGCAUUUAUUCUUUGGUUGAGGUAUCUCAAUAGCAGCAAUGACCUACAGAACAAUCCAAAAUAUCAAAACCUUUUACAAACAAAUCAAUACUGGGCCAUUCUUCAAUCCGGCUUGACAAGCACCACUCAUGAACAUAGAAAAUUCUCGGUAUCUAUCUUGCAAUUAUCGAUUAAGUCCAUCAAUAUCGACUUGUCCAACGACUUUGUAAAAUGGGAUAUGUACAAAGCUGGCGCUUACUUGACUGAAUGGGCAAGAUAUGUCACGCUUUACGAGAUUUUGGCAAUUGAUACUUCGCUUCAUCAAGCUGAAGCGGGGUUUACUGACAUCACUGGAUUGAUCUCCCCCAACUCUUUAAUCCAACCAUCUUGGGGUUGGUGCUUAUUAUCAACGGGGUUCACCGCAACGAUUGACUCGGUUAGGAAACUAACCAUUAGAUUAUUGUUGUCGAUCCCAUUACAAAAUUUGCAUCUUAUUAAAGAUGCGUUACCGAUUUUAGAGAAAUCAUUCUUGCCUAAUUUGAUGAUUGCUGCCAAUAUGAAUGUGAAAGUCAUCAAUGGCAAAGUUGAAUGUCCCUUUGCUUAUCAAUUGAAAGAUUUAAUCGCCAGUAUGGUUAGGAACUUGAAUGAAGAGAACGAUUUUCAAAAUGUUGCUUUAUCCAUUUUGCGUGUAUGUGCCGAAUUCAAACACAAUUUUGCCCCGACAAGAAUUUUGAUCAUGCAAGGUUUAGUUGAAGGGAUGAAUGGCAGGAAAGUUUUGCAAUAUGGAGUACAUGAUCUGCCGUUAUUGGAACUUUUCGAAAUUAAAUCGGAAGGUGCAUUACUUGAAAAGUAUAGCCAGACGUUGAACUUGCGGUUGUUGCUCAACUUUGAACCAAAUUUGUCUAAAUUCCUAAAAGCGUUACACAAGUUCACCCGAUUUAAUGGGUUUACCCUCUUGCAUGAAAACUUGGGUCUUUUCCAAAAUGACAUAACAGAUGAUGGAGGUUUGGAAGCAUUUCUUGCAGAUUGUGACGAUGUCGACUUGAAAGUUUUGUUACUCGACAUUUCAAACCAAACUUUAUUCUUGUCGAAAACUGAACCCCUUUUAUUAGCUAAAUUGUUGGAAUCGGGAUUUAGAAAAGCAACAUUGAAAUCAAUUGCCGAGGACUUGCAAGACUUGGUUACUGUGGAAGAUAUCGCAGUGGUGGAAUCUCUUUCAAAUGUUGAUUAUGCCAAGUUCAACUUUGCUGUACCUCGAGGUGAGCAGAUACAGCAAUUGUGGUCUCAAAUUGAGUCUGAUUUGCAAUCUCAAGAUUUAACCAUAUUAAACAAUGCCUAUCACAAAAUGAAACAUUUCAAUAACCUUUAUGGGAACUCCGAUUUCCAAUUUGAAGAUCCAAAGACACUAGUUGAGUUCAAAAGUACUUUGUUGACAAAUACCGAUGAUUUGACUAAAUUGGAUAAAUUCUUUUACAAAAUCAAAGACAAGAUCGAUGGAGAGUACUAUACAGCGUUGGAAAUCAAUUUCCGGAAAAAUCCCACUUUCUUCGCAUCCGCUUUCAAGACUUUUGACUCAACUUCAUCAAGCUAUACUGGCAAUUACGCCAUGGUGAAUUUAAUUCACUGUUAUCUUGAAAUAUCUUCAGAUGGUGAAUUGCAAUCACAAAUUGUUGACUUUUUAUCUGAGUUAUGGUUUGGCGUGGUUGAAACAGGAAGAUUGCAUUUGAGUCAACGUGACUUGCAACUAUCAAUCAUCAAAACUUCAUUGCAUCCUAAAAUUAUUUUCAACAAAGAUGCCGCAUCCAAGUUGAAGUCAUUUUGCCUCUCAGUGUUGGACCACUCAGGAACUAGACGUAGUUUAUUACCAGCACUUACUCAAGCUUUGGCACAUGCUCAAUUAUCCAAUCAAGACCAAUUUGAAAAGUUGCAUUGGUUGCCAGAAGUCUUGGUCACGGGAUUCUUGGUUUAUCAGGCAAAGACAUCCUAUUUUAAAGUGGUUGAUAUCAUGGCGGACAUGUAUGAUAAACAAGUGGCAUUGAAUGGUUCAUCCGAUAUCUAUCAAGAUGCAUAUGGACCAAAAGAAGUGAGUUCGAGAGUUAACUUGAUGGCCAUUUUCAAUUCAAUUCAAUCACAAGCAUUUGCACAGCGCAUAUACAAUUACAUUGUCGAAAAUGAGGCCAAAUAUACUCUUUUCAAUCCACUUCGGACUACCGAUAGCUACGAAGAAUGGAAUCGUCUACAACUUUACACGAUUUUAACUUCACUCGUUGACAAAAUGGAGAUUGACUUUGAUGGUAUUCUUGAGCGCAUAUCAACCGAACCAAGUCCAUUGGUGAGGAUGUACAUUGAAUGGAUUCUUGCAUACAACUUACUACAUAAUGAAGAGCGAACCAACCAGGUCUUCAAUGACUUGACAACAAACAUGAACAAUUUGAAGCCAGCAGUUGCAACAUCGUAUUUACGAAUUCUAUUUCUCAUGAUUUGCAAACUCGAUUCGGCUAAAGAGGCUGAAAUUAUAACAAAAUUCAUCAAUAUUGUAGUCCCAGGUGCAACUUCACUGAAGAAAUUGAUUCGUCAUUUUUCAUUGUCAUUGGUACUUUCCAUCCAAAAUGAAAUCACCAAAAAGGGCUUACCCAUUGACGAUAAAGUAAAGAACAUCAUUGCCAAUUUGUAUAAAUCGGCAACCUUGUCUGAUUCAUUUGGUCAAUUUAGAAGUGGUGAUGCAUUGCUAUGGGAUAUUGCCAAUGACUUAACAUUAGUGGCACUAUCAGGAGGGAUUGUUUUACGAUUAACCGAUAGAGAUGAUAUUGAUUUCAUAACUGAAGCCCAAUUUAAUCACAAUUUGUCGGCCUCGCAAAUCAGCCGCUUGAGACAUUCUGUAGGACACGAUGAAACCGAUAUUUGGACCAAGCAACAACUCAACAAAAAGAAGCCGAUUAUUUCUCCCGUGGAGUCUGUGGUACAAUCUCCGUUAUUACAAACCAAGAGUGGUGCAUGGAAUGCAGUUAUGGAUGUAGACUCUGAUACCAAUAUUGGUAAAGAGUUGACUCGAAGUGAUUUAAUUGUGGUUGCUUCUCUUGUCGAUAAGCCACCAAACUUGGGUGGUAUUUGUCGGUUGAGUGAUGUAUUGGGAGCCGGGCUAUUAACCAUCCAUGAUAUGUCAAUAAGCAAGCAUCCACAAUUUAAAAAUGUUGCCGUUACUGCUGAUCAAUGGAUGCCAAUGAUUGAAGUGACUCCGGAAAACAUUCGGGACUACUUGUUGGACAAGAAAAGGGAAGGGUACACCUUAAUUGGGUUAGAACAGACUGAUCAAUCAGUGGAAUUAAACAAUGAUUUGAAAUUCCCUCAAAAAUCAUUGAUAUUAUUGGGAAGAGAAAGAGAAGGUAUACCGGGAGAUUUAUUGGCUGAACUUGAUUUUUGCGUUGAGAUUAAACAAGUGGGUAUUGUAAGAUCAAUGAAUAUUCAAACGGCGACGGCAAUUAUAGUCCAUGCAUAUUCUACACAACAUUGCUAA